AUGCUUGUGGUCCUGCUGACAGUGGCCUUGCUGGCCCUGAGCUCAGCUCAGAGCUCAAGUGAAGAGUCUGAAGAUCAAGACGAGUACAUACUUUUGAGAUCUCCUCCUGGAAGACACCCACUUGGAACCUCUGCUGGAAGUGAAAGUCAAGAGGGAACCCUUUACCCAAGACCACCCCACGAUGGAGGCAGACACUCCCCUUCUCACCAUCCACCACCACAACACCAACACAGUCCACCCCAUGGUGGAGGUAACCAGACACAACACCAUCCACCUUGUACUGACCAAGGCAAUGAAACACAACCUCGUCCCAAUUGCUCUGACCAUGGCAACCAGACCCAGCCUUAUCUUCCUCAACCAGAUCUAGGCAACCAGACCCAGCCUCGCCCUCCCCUCCCUGACCUGGGCAACCAGACCCAGCCUCGCCCUCCCCUCCCUGACCUAGGCAACCAGACCCAACCCAGUCCUCCUCAUCCUGAUCUAGGCAACCAGACCCAACCCAGUCCUCCUCAUCCUGAUCUAGGCAACCAGACCCAACCUCGCCCUCCUCGCCCUGACCUAGGCAACCAGACCCAGCCUCUUCCUCCUUUCCCUGACCUAGGCAACCAGACCCAACCUAGACCUCCUCUCCCUGACCUAGGCAACCAGACCCAACCCAGUCCUCCUCAUCCUGAUCUAGGCAACUAGACCCAACCUCGCCCUCCUCGCCCUGACCUAGGCAACCAGACCCAGCCUCUUCCUCCUUUCCCUGACCUAGGCAACCAGACCCAACCUAGACCUCCUCUCCCUGACCUAGGCAACCAGACCCAACCUCGCCCUCCUCGCCCUGACCUAGGCAACCAGACCCAGCCUCGCCCUCCUUUCCCUGACCUAGGCAACCAGACACAGCCUCGCCCUCCUCACCCUGACCUAGGCAACCAGACAGAGCCUCGGCCUCCUCUCCCUGACCUAGGCAACCAGACAGAGCCUCGGCCUCCUCUCCCUGACAUAGGCAACCAGACACAGACCACCCCAGUAUGGAGGCAAUCAUACUGGAGUAACUGA